GCCGUCUCUCGGGCUCCUCUGCCUCCUCCGGCUGCUGCCUCCGCUGCUGCCUCCUCCUUCCCCACCUCCUCCGUCAGUCAGGCGGGCGGCUGCGGGGACCCGAGGGGCGGCGGCGGCGGCGGCGGCGGCGGCGGCAACAGCAAUAUGGAUCUGGGGGUCGAUGGCCAGAGCGCAGCCCGCCAGCCAAGGGCCGGGCCCCCGAGCGCCCCGCAGCCCCGGGAACAGGAGCGGAAGCUGGAGCAGGAGAAGCUCUCGGGAGUGGUGAAGAGCGUCCACCGGCGGCUCCGCAAGAAGUACCGCGAAGUUGGAGAUUUUGAUAAGAUCUGGCGAGAACAUUGUGAGGAUGAGGAAACGCUUUGUGAAUAUGCUGUUGCAAUGAAAAAUUUGGCUGAUAAUCAUUGGGCAAAAACCUGUGAGGGUGAAGGUCGUAUUGAAUGGUGUUGUAGUGUAUGCAGAGAAUAUUUUCAAAAUGGUGGGAAGAGAAAAGCACUUGAAAAGGAUGAAAAAAGAGCUGUACUCGCCAAUCAGACCACUCCAGCCUUAAAUCCCCACGAAUCUUCUAAACUUGAAGGUCAUUUAACUAACCUCAGCUUUACAAACCCUGAACUUAUAACUGAGUUGCUACAAACCUCAGGAAAGAUCAGAUUACUUGAUGUUGGCAGCUGCUUUAACCCAUUUCUAAAGUUUGAAGAAUUCCUAACUGUUGGCAUAGACAUUGUACCUGCUGUUGAGAGUGUAUAUAAAUGUGACUUCCUGAACCUGCAGCUUCAGCAGCCGCUCCAGCUCGCACAGGAUGCUAUCGAUGCCUUUUUGAAGCAGCUGAAAAAUCCCAUUGAUUCUCUUCCCGGAGAACUUUUCCAUGUGGUUGUUUUUUCUCUCCUCCUUUCUUAUUUUCCGUCACCCUACCAGCGAUGGAUUUGCUGCAAGAAAGCCCAUGAACUGUUGGUGUUAAAUGGUUUAUUGCUUAUUAUCACACCUGAUUCCUCCCAUCAGAAUCGUCAUGCUAUGAUGAUGAAAAGCUGGAAGAUUGCUAUCGAGUCCCUGGGCUUUAAACGUUUCAAGUAUUCAAAAUUUUCACAUAUGCAUCUGAUGGCAUUUAGGAAAAUCUCUCUAAAAACCACAAGUGACUUGGUUAGUAGGAACUACCCAGGGAUGUUGUAUAUUCCUCAAGAUUUCAACAGUAUAGAAGAUGAGGAAUAUUCCAACCCUUCUUGCUAUGUUCGAUCAGAUAUAGAAGAUGAACAACUAGCAUAUGGUUUCACAGAGCUCCCUGAUGCUCCAUAUGACUCAGAUUCUGGAGAAAGUCAAGCCAGCUCUAUUCCUUUCUAUGAGCUAGAAGAUCCCAUAUUACUUUUAAGUUAAUGUAAAAGCAAAAGGCCCUUCCAGUCCAGACACCCAAACUAAUUGCUUACACUAAUCAGAAAUACUAACAUGACUCAGUACCUAACCUGGUUUGCAUAGAAGAAAUGCAAGGGUUUACAGAGUUUCCUAUUUUUUUCUACUUCUGGAUUUUAAAAUUUAUUCUUAUAGAAAGCUUAAAGUUUCAUGCAAAGUGAUGCCUGUCAUAGCAGAAACCACUGUUACUGUAGCAUUUAGCACUAAGAUAUCAUAGAAAGGUACCUUUUUGUCUUUAGUGCUAUUGUGAAAAAAAAUGAAGCGUAAUUUGCUAUGUAUUUUCCCUUUUUCUCAUCUUUUCAGUGUUGACUUUAAACCACUGCAGUGAGAAACUUCAAGAUAUGUAGAGUGGUAGAUUGCACUUUGAUAACUCACAAGUUAAACGUAACAGAAAUAGAUUGGUUUAGCUGUUUCAUAAUGCACUUAUAUUCUUUUUUCUAAUGGGAUUGUUAUGUUUCAGAAAGCUAUUUUCUGUUUAGUUUCUGUCUGGUGAUCCACCAUUUCCUCAACUUUUCAGAAAACUUCCCCUUCUUUCGUGCUCAUUAGUAGCACCAGACAUUGAGGGAGAGAUUUCUCCCAGAUACAUACUCUAUUUUUAUUAGCACAGUACAGUAAACACCAUUGCCAAAAAGAAUUUUCAUCGUGUUGAUUUAGGCAUCGGUGUUGAGUAUAUUUAACUGUGAGCGUUCACUUUUUUAAACUUAGGUCUCAUUUACAAAGUUUUCUACUUAAACAGUAUAAUACAAUCUCCUGACCUAAACCAACUUUGUGAAAGGGUUUGCACUUGGAAGAAAGUUAAAGUUCUACCUAGACCAGUGUUGAUAGGGUCUUCACCUUUCCAUCACAGAGGUGAUGCACUACAAGUCUGGGAAUACAUAGAAGAAUUUGAAAUGAGCCCUCUGCUGGCAAUCUCAUAAAAAUGGCUUGACUCUAGUAUUCUAUCUAAAUCCUAGCAGAAAAUUUUCUUUGACUAUAUAAACCGUUAGUUGGCCGUGGGAAUUUCCCCUUUCCACAUUGAUAAUUGCCUUUCUGUGUUUCUGAAUCAGAAGCAAAUGAUAAAGAAGUAUUUGUCCAAACAAGACAAGGUUAGUUUAAAUAGCUGAGAACUUUUGUCCACAUUGUCUUGUCAGCCAGCAAUUGUCAUGUAAAGUAUCAUUUUUAAGAGUGCCACUGUGUGGAUUUUUUUUCAAGUGGUUAUUACAUUAAAAUUACCUCAUACUGAGGUUUUUGCACUGAAAUAUCACAGUAUCAGAUUUCAUGGUUAAUGUUUGUAUGUAUAUGUGUGUGUGUGUUUAUAAAGGAAACUUGCAUUUUCAAUAGUUGAUCCUAAAUUUCAUAAACUGCACUUCCUUACUCUGGUAAAACUGAUGUUUUUGUGCUUAUUGUGAAUUGCUGUAGUUAACUUUGAAUGUUGAACUUUAUUUAGAAAUACAAAAUUUAUCCAUUGAGAUAAAAUGGUUAAGUGUGUAUACCCAGUAUCUCAAAUUAAAUUUCACAUUCUAAAUUAAUGAGGAUAAAAUUGUAAUUAAUUUGGUCAGUUGACGAAAUGCAAUAAAUAUGCCCAAAGUAACCUGAAUUUUUUUUUUUGUUUACUUUCAGUUGUUCAAGAUUUCUUAAUUAGGAUUGACUCUUCUGUCCAAUUAAGCACUACAGGUCACAUCUUGUAACAACCCCAAAAGAAGGAAUUUUAAAACACUGUGUUCAGAACACAAAAAUUGUGUUUUAUUACCUCUUCUACCAUACUGUUUUCUUUGAUUUGGGUAAAUGCUAUCUUAAGCGCAAAGAAAACAGGACACCAAACAAAAAUACUUUGAAAGUAAAUGAAAGCAGUAUUUUUGAGAGGUUAAUGUAUGACCUUGGAGUCAGCCUUGUGUUAUAGCUAAAACGUUGGUGCUAUAAAUUCUUCUGAUUGUUUACAGAUGUUGAUUCUGCAUGUGCUUCAAAGUGUGCAUGGUGUAUUUUAAGUAGUACUUAAAAGAAAAGUCUCUUUAUAAAUCCCUACUCCCUCUUAGUAUAAAUUUGUUUUGAUUUAUAAGUACCAUUUGUUACUAUAAAUUCCGCUUAUUCAAAUUAGGUUGGCACAGGAUUUGAAAUAAUAUGUGUUCCACCAAAGCCAAUUCAGUGUAUAAGUGUUAUAUAAGCAGUCACAUGGCUUGGUGCCAGAUUAUAUUUGUAAUGACAAUAGAAGUUAAUA